GCAAAGACUACAGUAGCAUCUCGGUCCAAAUCAUAGACCAUCAGAAUCGUUUACAUAGGAAACCAAAAUGGCCGCUCCAUCGAUGGCUGCAGCUCUGGCUGCCUCACUUCCCGCCCCUCAGGCCGCACCAACACCUGCAGCCCCCACGUAUGAAGCCAUCCCUGCAUCCAUGUCCAAGGCGAUCGACAUCGAGGCUGAAAUACCUCUUACAUGCGUCCAGCUUGAUGGAAUAGUUAUUACCAAAAUUUUGAAACACAGUCGCGAGGCGUUCUCAACAACCGCGCAUGGGCUUCUGUUAGGCCUUGAUCUUGAUGGCAUCCUCGAGGUGUCCAACUCGUUUGCAUUACCGAAUCAUCACAAUGACGACGAUGAAAAGGCGACAAAAUCUAUUGCCCGCUACCAGCAAUCCAUGCUGCGAUCGCUAAAAGAGGUUCAAGGAGACGACAACGUCGUAGGGUUUUACCAAGCAACCUCGCUUGGUGCUUUCUUCAAUCAAUCACUGAUAGAUACACAAGCAAUCCACCAAGAUAGGCUUAGACAUGGCGGUGUUGUUAUUGUUCAUGAUAUCUCACAGACGGCACGCGGAAAUGCAUCGUUCCGUGCAUUCAAGCUGACGCCAGCAUUCAUGGAUGCCUACAGAAGAGCUAAUUUUAGUACAGCCGGGUUGAUUAGCCAUCGAUUAACUUUUGCUUCCAUACUUGAAGAGAUCCCGUUAAGAGUUAGGACAAAUGCGCUUCUGAGUUCGUAUUUGAACACGCUUGCGAUUCCCUCGACUUCAACGUUUUCGGAUGCUCAUCCGGGGGUGGCAACGACGUCAGCGUUACCUCCGUCCUAUUCAGUGCUUGAUAUAGGCAAUGUGGGACUGACGAAGAAUCUGGAACAAGUCGCCGAAGCGAUCGAUAAUUACCGGACAGAAGAAGGCAAUGUCGCGUAUUUGUCGAGGCAAAUCGCACGGGAGAAGCUUCGCGCGGAGACGUAUGUUGCGAAACGGAAAGAGGAGAAUGCGCGGCGGGUGGCGCAGGGAUUGAACGCCCUGCCCGAAGAAGAUGUAAGCAGGUUGUUCAGGAUCCCGCCUGAGCCGAGCCGGUUGGAGAGCAUGCUCUUACUAGGACAGGUGGAUGCUUACGCGAAGAGUCUCGAGAGCAUUGCAGGUGCGGGGUUAGUGAAGAUGUAUGCAGCCAAAGCUAGCUCUGGUGUAUAAAUUUCCUUGUAUUAUACAGGGGCUAGACCAAUAAUGGAUUAGCGUUUGAGAACAA